AUGAAGGUAUCGGCGGGCCAACAAGGACGCAACAAGCUGCCAUCUCCAAUGACAGCCCCGAAACCAACUUCCUUCACGGACUGCGCAAGAUAUGUAGUGAUUGCGUGUCAUUUUGAUAGGAAACCGCGACGGGACAUUUUCGUUUUAGACCUAUUUCAGCAAUUAGCCUGGCCUCGCUCGAUUGCAUGUCGGCGUUGGAUCGCAGCUACAACAGCUAGUAGCCCCUUGACCACGCCAAGUAACCACGUUCAUCUCCAAGGUUUAGAAGCGGCGCUCAAGGUUUUGCUUUUCAGCGACAUGCAUGACACUUAA